GCUGCUGCUGCUGCUGGCACUGGCAGUGUGAUGGUGGGGUGCGUGGGAAAGGGACGUGUUUAGUGGUGAUGCUUCUGCCGACUUUGACGACCAUAAGGCCUGCCCAAGGCUGUUCAUUCACCUUAAUUAAGAACAGCCGCAAUGAAUAAUCGAAGCAGGCCGCCGUCUCUCUUCCCAUGGCCGAGCUACAUUUCAGGGCCACACUCGUCCCUGACAUCCGCCCCACGCUUCCCUUAUGACAUUUCAGGAGCAUCUCCACCUUCCUUCAGUUAUCCUCAUGGCAGUCCCGGUCACGUCACUGGAGGAUACCUCGGGAGGCAGACAUCUCCUCCCAAGGCCUUUCGAGCGUCUCCGCCCCCCCGGGCACCUGUAGGAAGUCGCCUCGAGUACUCCAAGUCGCCAGAUAGAUAUAGCAGAUAUUCUGCAUCCUCCUCGCCUAGAAGACGAUUCCCUGAUGACGACUUCAUUCCGGAAAAUGCGUCAGUGGUGGUCAAUGCCGGCUUUAGCUUUCUCAUGGGGAAAGAGACCAGCAUCAUCCACAAACACGUGGACGUCCAACCCGCUCACGCCAUUCCGGAAGCCCCCUCGUCAGGGCUCACCCGUCAGAUCGACAAAUUUCUGAAGAAAAGUGACCAUACACUUGACCGGUACCACAAUGUUGUUCAGUCUCGGUCCGGAGGAAUGGUCGGGGGUUGGAGACAUCGCGGCAAGUCCAUGACACCUGCUGGAGGGCGAGAAGAGUCUCCCGAACCUUCUACCCUCGGACUCUCCUACAGAUCUCAACGUUCCACCUCAGCAGCUUCCAUUGCAGUGAAGGCGGAGAAGCAUCUGGAGUCUCUGAAGAGCGGAGAUAAGGCUAAGAGGAAGUCGACGGCAGCGGCGCCCAUCGCGGAGCACGAGGAGGACCAAUUAGACGACGACCUCUCGAGCACAGACUCUUCUCUUGAUGGAUUCGAUACCGACGACGAUGUCCCCCGCUCUACUGACGUCUUUGAUAUUUCCGACGACACUUCCGCCGAUCUUAGCAAGUGUGUGUGGAAAGAAGAAAUGAAGGAGCGGUUAGCCGGCGUUUUAAAAGGUGUCGGGACCUCCAAAGAUAAGCUUUCGGCAAUCGAGGUGGAUCCAGCAACGAAUUGCAGUACUCCGUUCGACCCGUCUCGGCUGGACGACCUGAGCUCUGAUAGUGACGAUGAGUACUUCGAUGUAGUGCAGUUACCUGGUCUUCGAGCACCACAACCUUCAUCUACCCGUACUCCAUCAUCUACUAGUCCAUUGCCUGAUCAGCAGCAGCCUAAACCUUCAGAAGGAGAUGCAACGCAGGAACCCUCACAUAAUCCUCCUGCCCAUAGUCAAAGCAUGCCUGCUGUAAACAAAGGCCUUUCUUCUGGUAAAAUGGGAAAUAUCCAGUAUUCUCCUAGUACAGUCACAGGAACAGACACCAAGCAACCUGUAGAUACAACUCAAUGUAUGUCACACAGAAGCUCAGCAGAUACUGCUAAUCUUGCCAAUGCAAUUAAUGUACUUGCACCUCUCUCAUCCACCAAAUCUAAACCUGAAAAUUCUUCUAGUGGAGGUAGUAAGUUUAAAGUAAAGAAUACAAAUAAGUCAGAGAGAAAACUGAAGAAAGAGUGCAGCCCAGGACAGGAAGCUAAUAUUGCCGGAAACACAAUAGAUACUGGGAGUCUGCAAAGUUCCCAUCUUCAUUGUAAAGAUGAAAAACCAGACACUCAUAGUACUUCUGCUGGUAUGCUUAAGGAGGAGAGUGAUGUUGAAGCGCAAAAAGUAGCAAAUAGUAAUGGUAAUAAGAAAAAUGACUUGCCAAAAUCUGUAAUCCAGUAUGAAUCAAAUACCAGAAACAUCUUAGGAACAGUUGAUCCAUUAAAACCAGAAACAAAACUUGAUUUGGGAAGCCUGCCUAAGUCCCAAAAUACAGGCAAAGAAAGUUUGGAGCUUCAAAAAACAAACCAAUCAAAUGUGAAUGUGAUGCUUACUUCUACACUCAAAAAUGAGAGGAAGAAUAGGGAGCUUUCAAACUUAGAGACCAAGCCAAAGGGAGAUUUAGAAGUAAAGUCAGAUUUGGAAAGCAUGCAAAAGUCAGUAGUAACUAUUACAUCUACUUCAAAUACUAGUACACAGAAAGAAUACAUUACAAAUAAAGAUGAAAUCACACCCAAAGUAAAGAUUGUAUCAGAUAUAAUACUUCCCAAAGACCCAAGGGGCAAAAAUACAGAAAAGAAUCCAAAAGAAGAAAAAUGUAUUGAUGGAAAGAUAGGGGAAACAAUAAGUAAAGGAAAGAUCUUGGAAACAGUAAAUACUUUUAAAACAGAAAAUUCCUUAGAGGAUCAAGUAGUUAAAGAGAUUACCAAAUCUACGGAGACAGAAGAGUAG